GAGAUAAGCACUCACAUCCUUCUGAACCCUGGAGAAAUGGCUCCUUCCCGAUCCAAGACUCGGCGCAAAAAAUUUGGAAAAGAGAGAGAGCUGAACUGUGAGAAAAAGGCAAGCUCUCCGGGAGAUUCAAAGAUCCAUUGUGGGACACCGUGGGAAGAAAAGAGUAAAGGCCAGCUGACAGGCAAAGAGUCACUGCCUGAACAAGAUGAAACCCUUGAACAGGAGAUCUUUAAAAGCCAGAGGCUGGUGAGGCCUAAGGGAAGCAAAGAAAGUGGCCACAAGAAAUUAUUCUGGGAGGAGAAUUUCUCCAAGAGAAAUGAUCAAAGAGAAUCUGGUUUGGGGAGAAAACAUGGAGAACAAUUAGUGUCCAAAGUGAAGAAAAAAGGAAAGGCCUCCAAACAACAGGAUCUGACAUCAGGACAAGAAAGUGACGGCAGUACUGGUAAGGAGGAGAAGGCCACUGUGAACAGCAAGAAACGGAGUUUUAAAAGGAAGUGUGGAAAGCAUCCUGUUGGUGAAAAAGUCACCGAGUCCUUUGUGGUGCAAAGUGUUGAAGGCUCUUUUCGGAAACAUGACUUGCCACAGAAGGCGCACAAUGCCAGGCCUAGGAAAAGACACAAUGAGAAUCGUGGCUCUAAGGAAGCUUCAGAGAGGAAGUCAGGUUCUCGAUUCCAAGGCAGUGCAGCACAGGGCAAAGGUGAGACAAGUGGAGGAAAGGAAAUUGGAAAACAUACCAGGAUUAUUGUCGCUGAAAGUGCAGAAGAUAAGAUCCUGGAAGCUUCAGAUAACUCUUGUUCUGACUGCAGCAAUGAAGCCCAUUGGACCCAUAAAAGAGGUAGAAAAAAGACUGGAGUUGACAGCACCGAAAGCGGUGAAGAGAGGAGAAGCUCUUCAGAGGAAGAUGGCAUCAGUGGGAAAGAAGCCAUACUAGAAGAACUUCCUGCAGCUGAAGAAAAAGGCUACGAGAAGCUGCUCGAUGAAAGCAUUGAAGCAGCCAGUGAAACUGAAAGGGAGCAGGUGACCAUGGAUGGAAGGAAGGACUCUGAGGAUGAAGGCACUUGCUUUGCAGGAUUAGAGGUAGUGAGGAAACUGAAGGAGCAAGAUGACAUGCCAAGACAAACAAAAUCUAUUCUAGAUGAGAGCAGUGAGGAAGAUGAUGAUGCAAGUGUUUCAGAGUCCCAACUCAAAAGUUCUAACAACAGAGAAAAUGACAAUAAUGGAGAAGGCAAGGAAAAUAUAUUAGAAAAGGACAAGGGUCAAGACAUGUCAAAAGAUGACCAUGAUCAUUCUAACAGCAAUGGGGAGAAUAACACUGAAGUGAACAUGGACAAAGGAAAAGAAGAAGUAAGAAGAAAACCACUGUCUAGGGCUGUGAAAGCAGAACUCCACCACAUUGACCUUAGCAAAGUACUCGAGGGAACUGAAGAAGAGAAGGUGAAUGGUGAAGGCAGCAUACUGGAACAUAGCCCUUUGCUGUUCAAGCAACAAAUGACAUUGAAAGAGAAAUCCAGGAGGUGUGAUACUGCAGAACAAAGUAAAGUGGUGGGACAUAUACAGACAGACAGUUCUUCCUUAGACUGUAGCAAGCAGGGGUUAGCAGUGAUGUUUACAAACAAGUGCUCUUCUUCAUCCCAAGUCCUUCUCAAUAAGAAAAGCAAACAUAAAGAUGCUGAGAUGAAACUAUUAACAAGCUGUAAAACAAAUUCUGUGCAGAUGGCUUUGGAAACCAACUGUGACCUGAAAAAGGUUGAAAGCAUCUGUUCAAAACCUACCACUCUAGAAACACUCAAUAUACAUAAGGAGCCCAAAAUAGCUCAGAGUUUUGCAGAGGAAAGAUUAAAUCAUUCAAAUAUUUCAAACUGCUCCUCUAUUACAAAAAAACCAUCUGAUAAGCAGCUCCGUUGCAAGAGGAAGAAGGUUGGAAAAGUUAUUGGAAAGGUUAAACUGGGUUCAGGCCAGACUCUAGAGGCAGAAAAAGAGAAAGCAGAGGAGGAAGAAGUGAUUGCAGAUGCACCUUCUGAAAAAGAAAAUGUGCAAGAUGGGAAAGGAUCCAAGUACUUGCACACCCUUUCUACUUUCAGAAGAGUCACCAGCUGGCUCAGUCAAAAACCUGCCAAGAAAGCAAGCCUGAAAGCUCGUCUUUUGAGUGUGGCACGUGCAAUUGGUAUCUCAGGAUGGCUUCUGAAGAAAUUUGGGAAAAGGAAGAAGAGCAGCAAGCCUUUUGGAUUCAGAAGGAGAAUGGCAAUCAGGAUUGUAAGCACCACUGGGUGGGUUGGUAGGUCUGGCAAAACCUGCCCUGCUGCAGCGGGACAGCUGGGAAUGGAUGAGUUGAAUGACAAAGCAUCAUCUUGGCCAUUAGUAGAGGGGAAUGGUGGUGCUGAAACGACAGAGGAGCUGAGACAUACUGAUUUGCAUUCUGAUAGUUCCCCUCUUCAUGGAACCUGUUCCUUUCCAUACUUACUUAGCUUGGAUGAAGAGGAGAAGUGCAAUGUUGCCGAUGCCAAGUUUGCUGUAGUGUUCCCUAGAGUCCACAGCAUGGUUCAGACAAAGAGUUCCUUAUCUGGCCGCUCUGGGAGUGAUUAUUCCCUGGAGAAAGUGACAGCUCUAUCAAGCAGAAAAUCUGUGAUACCUGUGCAACAGGGUUGCAGAUUCAGAUGUGACAUUUCCAGAUCUUUGAUGGAUCAAACCUCUCAGAGAAGCAGCCAACGAUAUUCCUGCAAUGGUGAAAUAUUUGCAUCAACAGCAGGCAGUGCAAGACAGGUGACACCUACUGCAACCCAAUACAGAGUGACUAGGCUUCUGAGUGCCUCACCCCAGCAGAUCAAAACUCCAGAAGGAGCUUCCACAUCCCAGUUUUUCAGCACUGGGCAAGACUUGCAGUCUCACCACAAAGACACUAAACUCUCCCUUUCUUCAGAAGCAUCUGGAAAUUACUGUUAUGCUCUGGGGUUCCUUCCACAGCAAGAAGAGGAUCCAAGGUGUAUAGUAGAUUAUUCCAGUGAGGUAGAUGUCAAGGAGAGUUCAGGUGUCCUUCAGACUGUAGGGUCCAAAGUCACAUCUUGUGUUCAUUGGUCUCAGCAGCAGGCUCAGAGAUAUGAUCCUGCGACAUGGCUGAACUCUGAAUUGCUGCUCCCACGACUCACCAUUGAGAACCUAAGCAAAUGGACCAUUUACAAGGACCCACAUCUGGCAAACAGCCGUGGGAUGAAGGACUUCAAGGAUCAGUGGGAAGCAGAAGAUAUUACAGAGGAUAUGCUAGAGAUGGAUUUAAUGCAGAAACAGGUGUACAUGAGUGAAGAGAACAGUGUGGAAGUUGAGGAGACUGAAGAUCUAACUGAACUGGAGGAAGUCUGUGAGCGCUCAGUUCUGCUGUGCCUGAAGAAGAGGUUCCAUCGCAAUCUCAUUUAUACUUACAUUGGACAAAUAUUGGUUUCUGUGAAUCCUUUCAAAGACCUCAAUAUCUACUCUGAAGAUGUGGCUACCCAGUACCAGCAAGGGAGUCUCUCCAAAAAUGCCCCACACAUCUUUGCCAUAGCAGAAAUGGCCUACACGUUAUCCCAGUCAUCAGCACAAGAGCAAUGUGUCAUCAUCAGUGGACACAGUGGAUCAGGUAAAACAGAAGCUGCCAAAGCAAUUGUGCAGUACCUGGCGAUGCUGUACCAGAGAUCAGACAGCUGCAGGAUCACGCAGCCCUGCAAUGUCCUACCUAUCCUGGAGAGUUUUGGGAAUGCCAGAACCAUUCUCAAUGACAACUCAAGUCGGUUUGGGAAGCUUCUGCAUGUCCACCUGCAACAUGGGGCCAUGGUGGGAAUGUCCAUCUCCCAGUACCUGCUGGAGAAGUCCCGUGUGGUAUUUCAGGCCCAUGGUGAGAGGAACUACCAUGUGUUUUAUGAGCUACUGGCUGGGCUGCCUAUGGAACAGAAAGAGGAGUUGUACUUGCAAGAGGCAGAGUCUUACUUUUACCUGAAUCAGGGCAGAGUGUGUGACAUCCUGGGGAAGGAGGACAGUCAGGACUUUGUGGUCUUGGUGCAAGCUCUGGAGGGAAUCAGCCUUUCAGACGAUCAGCUGACCUCCACCUGGGCUGUGCUGGCUGCCAUUCUGCAGCUGGGGAACAUCUGCUUUACCUCCUAUGAGAAAGGAUCAUUUGAACAUGCAGCCAUUGCCAGUGAUACUGAGAUUCGGAUUGUGGCCAAUUUGUUGAGUGUCUCAGCAGAUCUCCUGCAAAGUGCUGUCACUCACCGGGUCACUGUGAUGUCUUAUGAUCGGAUCUUCACCCCUCUGUCUGUAGAAGGAGCCAUUGAUGCCAGGGACUCCAUUGCCAAGACUCUGUAUUACCUUCUCUUUGAAUGGCUGCUGCUGAGGAUCAAUGAGUGGUUGGCUCCCUCGGAAACAGACUGCACUGUGGGCAUUGUGGACAUAUAUGGUUUUGAGGAUCUAGGGGUGAACAGCUUAGAGCAGCUCUGCAUCAACUUUGCCAAUGAGCAUCUUCAGCAUUUUUUCAGCCAGACUGUCAUUGCCCAAGAGGAGGAGGAAUAUAGCCAAGAGCAGUUAGUUUGGAUUCCUAUUUCCAAGAUGUACAGUGAGUCAUGCCUCGAUUUCAUUUCUGCAAAACCCCAUGGCAUCUUGCGUAUCUUGGAUGACCAGACUUCACUGCCUCAGGCCACUGACCACACUUUCCUCCAGAAGUGUCAUUACCAUCACGGAAACAGCCCUUGGUACACCAAGCCCAAGCUACCUCUGCCAGUCUUCACUGUGAAGCACUAUGCGGGCCCUGUCACCUAUCAGGUCCACAAGUUUCUUACUAAAAACCGUGACCAGCUGCGUCCAGAGGUGCUGGAUAUCUUCUCUCAGAGCCGCCUCAAGUUGGUGUCUCACAUUUUCCAGAAGGCUAAGGCUGCCCACAAUCAGCAAAGGGAGCUGGGGGCCAGGGGGAAAGGGCUCAAGCCUCAGGCUUCCACGUUGGUGUCCAAAUUCCAGCAGUCUCUGCAGGACCUCACAGCCAAGCUGAGGAGGAGCCAUGCCUUCUUCAUUCGGUGCAUCACCCCUAAUCCCAAAAAGCUGUCAAAUAUCUUUGAUGUGGAGUAUGUCACUUGUCAGCUGAGGCAUUCUGGGAUACUGGAGGCCAUCCACAUUAGAAAGGAGGGAUACCCAGUCCGUUUUCCAUUCCAGAACUUCCUAGCCAGGUACGGACUCCUGGCUGCGAGAGGACGUGACUGCUUGGAGGAGAGGGAAGGCUGUGCAGCUGUGUUGUCUCAUGUGGUGGGGAACCCCUCCGAACUCUAUCAGAUUGGAGUAACAAAGGUAUUCCUGAAGGAGAAGGCCAGGCAGCUGCUGGAGAGACGGUGGAACCAGAGGCAGAGCUGGGCCAUCGUUACCCUCCAGAGGAACUUCCGCCGCCACCUCCACCGCAGGCGCCUCCGCAUCCUCCAGGAAAAAGUCACGAUCAUUCAGGCUCACUUCCGUGGUUACCAGGCAAGGAAGCAAUACAGGAGACUGAAGAAAGCUUUGAUGCAAUUUAAGAUCAUGAUUUUAAUCUCCAGACCCUUUGUUCGAAGGAGGAAGUACUGCCAGCAGCAAUUUGAGGAAAGGAAGCGAAGAAGGAGGUCCCCGGCCAGUGGUGACAAGGAGAACAGUCCCAGCCCAGAAAUGGAUGUGGGACUGCUGGAGAUCCCUGCAGAGCUUGCGGCACUCUUGCACUUAGCUGAAGGUCAGUAUCAAGCACAAGCCAACCAGAUAACAGAGGCGUUACCUCCAGAGGUCAAGGUCAAAGAUGACCUUUCCCUCCCACCUGCCAUCAACAGCUAUCCCUUCUCCUCCUUCAUCAAGUCACACUUCCUGAAGACAGAUUUCCCUGCCCCUGGUCAGCCCCUGCAGCACCCAUUAACCCAUCUGGAAGCUGAAUACCAGGAGAGUGCACUUGAGAUCAACAAACUGAUUUUGCGGUUUAUUGAUGACAAGAACCUCCACGGCUGGCAGGAGGUGCUUCUGGGCAACUACAUUGCUGGCAGAGGUUUGAAUAACCUGUCCCUGCGUGAUGAAAUCCUCAGUCAGGUGGUCAGCCAGACAUGGAAGAACCCGGACAUGGAGCAGAGCCAGCGAGCCUGGGUCCUGAUGACAACCUUGCUGAGCUCCUUUGCUCCUUCACCAGCGCUGGAGAAACCAUUACUGAAAUUUGUGUCAGACCAUGGCAUGGAAGGCUACAAUGCUGUUUGCCAGCGCAAGAUCUUGACAGCAGCACAGCACACAGAGAUUGACCCAGCAGCCUCACGGGCCUACCCUCCCACUCAGCUGGAGUGGACUGCGAACCAGAGGAGAGGGAAGAUGGUGCUGGAUGUCCAUACCUUUAAUGAGGAGAAGUUCUCAGCAGAAGUGGAGUCCUGGAUGACCGGGGAGCAGUAUGCAGGCUGGCUCCUGAAUGCAAGGGGCUGUGAUAAGAGCCCUCGAGGGUGGUCUGUCUCCAUGUUCACCGGCAACACGUGGCAGGAUCUGCUGGGCUGUGACUUUGUGCUGGACCUCAUUGGAGAGAUGGAAGAGGCCAGGAGCCCCAGCAACCCCUCUCAGUCCUCAGUCACAUAUCCCAUUGCCCCCGAACGAGACAGAAGCUUUCUCCAGAACUCUGCCCUGGAUCCGAUCCCCCCUGCUCCAGGCAUCCAGGCCCCUACCUUCCCACCACCUAGUCUGCCUCCAAACUUCAACCACCCCUACACAGAUGCAAGAUUCAGAGAUGACCUGAGGACUCCUGUGGGCUUGGAUCACUACGUGGAUGAUCUCUUCAGCCCUGUGCUGCAUCAAGGUUCCAGGGUACCAGAUAUGGAGAGCAGAGAGAGUCUGACUGGCCGCAUGAAAGGAGGUGGGAAGAUUGGACCCACACAGAGAGGAAUCUUUCCUUCUACAGGCCUCCCUGCAAUGAUGCAAGUACCAACUUACCAGCCUAUGCCUGCGAUGGCGGGGAUGAUGCCAGCAUCCAUGCCCAUGAUGCCAGGGGUUGGUGGGAUGGCAACUAUGCCAGCCAUGGUUAUGCCCCAGGCCCAGCCCAUGGUUCCAGCUGUAGAUCCAAAUCAGUUAGCAGCACAACAGCAAGCCUUUAUCAACCAGCAAGCCAUGCUCAUGGCCCAGCAGAUGACCCUUCAAGCCAUGGCCAUGUCUCAGCAGCAACAGCAGCUACAGCAGCGACGGCAGCAGUCUCCGGAGAUCUCAAGGCCAAGAGUCUCAACUCCACCGCGACCCCCAGUCACUUCCCCUAAACCCAAGCAGUCUCCCAGCAGCCAAAAUGUUGCACAGCCGCCGAAGGCUCCAGAACCUCCAGCUCAGGCGGAAGAACCGGUGUUUGACUACAGGCAAGACCAGUUCUCUGACAGUGAAGAUGAUGACUACCCUCGGGAGACUUUCCAGCAGAAGAGAGAAUAUUUCCAGAAGAAGGGACAGCAACAGAUCCGAGUGAAGAAAGUCAGGCUUCCUUCUAAAACCUGGACUCCUCCAGCAAAUCCCCAGCCAAAUCAGGAAGAGGAGAAGGAAGAGGAGGAGGAGAAAAGGAAGGAAAAAGAGAAGCCCAGCCCUAAAAUAGAGGCAGCUCCUGUUCCUGUCUUGCCACCUCCUGAGCCAAAGCCAAAAAAGCAGACACCAACAGCAAAGAAGGAGUCACCUGUAGUGAAGCCUUCAGGCCCUGAGUCACGGCCUGCACCCAGCCGGGAGAUCCGCAACAUCAUCAAAAUGUACCAGAGCAGGCCAGCCCCUGAGCCACAGCCCAUCGAGCCUGUCAGGAGAGUGUCCAAGCCGUUUAUGAAGAAGAAUGAUCCCAAGAAUGAGGCUCUGGCCAAGCUGGGGAUGAUGAAUCUCCAGUCUCCCAGAUCACCAUCCCCUGGGCCACUAGAGAAGAGUCCCAAGGGGAUGCCUCCACCUGCCCCACCAAAGAAAGGCUCAGCUUCCAGCUCCAUCAAGGAGAAGCAGAUGCCUCUCCUGUCCAUCUUUGGUGACCCGCCAAGUACUCCUCCAGGUUCUGAGACCCCUCCUGCUCCCCCGCCUUUGCCUGCGCCUUUCCUGCCUGGGGACCGAGGCCGGCAGGAAUCUAUAGGGAAAGCCUCUACUGUGACAGUGGCAGAAGAUGAUGGUAUCAAGACCCAGCUGUACAGACUCACUGCCAGUGUCAGCUUCUCCUAUGUUAACCCUGCAUGGAAGAUCUUUCUGCGCAAAGAGGUGUUUUACCCCAAAGAAAACUUCAGUCACCCUUAUUGUCUGAAUUUGCUGUGUGAACAGAUCAUCCGUGACACCUUCUCUGAUUCCUGCCUGCGGAUCUCCAGGGAGGAGAAGCGCAAGAUGAAAGAUCUACUGAUGGAGUUUCAGGUUGGUGCUGAUGUCCAGUCCAUUCAGGAGGAUGGGAUAAAGAAGAGGAUUGUACUGGCUGCUCGGGAUAACUGGGCUAACUAUUUCUCCCGCCUUUUCCCAGUUCAUGGUGAAAAUGGAAGUGACGUUCAGAUCCUGGGUGUUUCUCACCGGGGCCUGCGGCUCCUGAAGGUGGUAAGGGCGGCUGGCUAUACUCCUGAGCACCUGAAGAUUCUUUGCAGCUACAGCUUUGCAGAUGUGCUGUCGGUGGAGCUGAAGGGCAGCAAUGCCCUGGAGUUCUCUCUGAAGACAGAACAGCUCUUCCUGCGCUCUGCAAAGGCUCAGCACAUCAAGGCCAUGGUGGAACUCUUCAUGCAGGAGCUGAGGCAGGAUACCAACUACGUUGUUGCUCUGCGCAGCUAUAUCACAGAUGACAAGAGCCUCCUUAGCUUCAAGAAGGGUGACCUCAUCCAGUUACUGCCCAUGCAAGCCGUGGAGCCAGGUUGGCAGUUUGGCUCUGUUGGUGGCCGCUGUGGUCUUUUCCCCACCAGCCUGGUGCAAUUGGCUGCAGCCCCUGAUUACCUCAACGUCAGCAUGGACAGACAUGGAAGGCUGCGGAAGAGCAUGAAAGCUCCCAUGGAGAGCAGGAACACCAGCAGGGAGAGCUCUGUUCCCAGCCUGACAUCAGAACCCAACAGUAUCAUGCUUGUUCCUGUUGGUGAUCAUUACACCAUGAUGGACUUCGCCACAGCCCACUUCCGAGAGGCUCAGUCCAUGCUGAGAUGGAAGGAGAUGUCUGCUGAAAAGAGGAUGUCUGGUGAAGAGAAGAGUGCAGCUGAUCUAGUCCGGCACACCAAGGUCCCAAUCCAGGAGUCUUUGCUCCGGUACUCUGAUAGUGAGCUGAAUGAGCUGGCUACAAAGAACUUCAUGACUCUAAUGCGGUUCAUGGGAGACCAGCCAAAACUCAAGAACCAGAAUGAGGUUGAAUGCAUUUAUGAAAUCCUUCAGCUGUGCAAGGAGAAGGAGAUUUUGCAUGAUGAGGUGUACUGCCAGGUCAUCAAACAGGUCACCCACAACCCUAAACAGGAGAGCUUGCUGCGUGGUUGGCUGCUCCUCAACCUGCUUACUGGGUAUUUCCUCCCUUCCAACAUCCUGAUGCCCUACGCCACCAAGUUCCUGCAGCAAGCCAGCAGCGAUCCAUCUAGCACCCACCACGAUAUAGCCAAGAUCUGUCAGAGCAACCUGCGGAAAAAUGUCAUGUAUGGGGGCCGUCGACACCUUCCUUUCCCUGUGGAGAUGGAGGCACUGCUGAAGGGACGUGGGGCCCGCCGGCUUGUGAUCUUCAUGCCUGGAGGUGUGGAAUUCCUCACCAGAAUCAAGACAUUCACCGUGGCCAGGGAGCUCUUGCAGGAGAUCUGUGAGCAGAUGGGAGCAGGCGAGCAGGAGGAGAUCCGGGAAUUUGCUCUGUUUGCCAUCAGGAGUGCCACAGAUAACCUUGAGAAAAUAGUGAGGCCAAUGAGACCAGAGGAAUAUCUUCAUGAUUACCUGCUGGAGGACAACUUGGUCACCAUGAGUUUGCGGAGGAUCACCUGGAAAACGCCUCUGCACUUCGAGAACAAGAUUUAUACUGAUAUCCAUUAUGGACAGGUGCUGUGGGAUUACCUGAAUGGGAGGAUGCUGCUGGGCUAUAGCAAAGAAGUGGAGACGCAGGUGAGCAUUUUGGCAAUGCUCCAGCACUGUGCCAAAACAACAGAGCAGCAGAGCACAGUUCCCUCCAGGGAGGAGCUGAAGGAAUACAUGCCAAAGCCCCUGCAGUCCUGCUUCAGCCCUCAGGCUCUGCAGAACCACGUUGACCUGCUGUUGAGAACCAGGCAGCCACCCCAGCCGAUGGACGCAAAAAUCCAGUUUAUAGAGCACGUGAUCAAUUUGCCUCUCUUUGGCUACAACAUCUACCUCGCAGAGAGAAUCAGUGAUGAGACCAUCCCCGUGCCCUGUUUCUUUGGUGUGAAUAAAGAACAGAUCAUUGUGGUGGAUAGCGUUGCCCAGAUCUGCUGCGUCAUCCCACUGAAAGAGCUGCAGAAGAUGCGAACUCUGCGGCCCACCUCUGAUGGUGGGCUUCCUGGCGUGGAACUGAACUAUGGCUCAGCUGCCAGCCCCAAGACUCUGUGGAUUGAACUGUCACAGGCUAAAGAAGCGUAUCACACAAUUGUUGUCAUCUUGAGUCAAACUGAAUUUCAGCAGUAGAGCUUGAGAAGAGAAGAACUGACCAGGCAGAACAGCACUGGUUUCCUUUCUUUGGGCUUGUUAGUGCUCCUUGCCCUGUCCUCUGGAGGAGGCUCUCCCAAAAGACAUCCUUGAUCUCUGCUGCUUUCCAAGACUGCCACCACAGUGACAGUCUGUUUGUUGAUGGACUGGCCCAUAAUCUCACCCGCUGUGACUUGCAGUUCAGGCCCUGUGAGUUGUACUCUUCCCUGAAGUGGUGUGUGCGCUGGCUGAAAGACCCACACAACACAUUUUUCACACCAUUGCCUUUUCAUAGCCUGCUUCAUCACAGAGCAGCUGAACAGAUGGAAGCACAGAGGCAACUGCCUUCAGGCUAUGCAGUGUGGGAUUGUUUUUUCUUUUCUUUUUUUUUUUUUUUUUUUAAUUAAUGAACAGGCACAAAGACUGAUGCUUGCUGGAGAUUUUUGUAUCAGAAAGCAAAGCCAGGGCUAUGAUAUGACUGCACUGGCUGCUUGUGUUUUUCUAAGACCAGUUUUUUUCUCUAUCUUGAUGUGCAAGAGAUGCCCUGCAGCAGGGUUUGUGAAGCAGGAGCUUGUAGAAAGCAUCUUAAUUACAAAGCAGAUCAGUGUUAAUAUGCAAUUACCACAUGUGCUGGGUCACAGAUUGAGCUGCAAUGGUAAGAAUGCUUAUUGUUAAUUAAUCUCUUACUGACAUAAUUAUGUGCAUCUUUUUCCUUCUACUAUAAAGAACUCAGUCAUGUCCAUGCAGCUGUCGUACUUAAAUGAUGGCUCUAUGCCCGUGGAGAAAAGUAUUCAAAUGAAACUUGUAGUACAGCACAGGAUAGAGUCCUUGGUUGUAUAAAAAUGCUUAAUUUAUUUUUAUCACUACAGCUAUCUUACUGAAAUAAAACAUACCUGCAUUUUUGGGGGACUGCAAUAAAAUAAUCACAUAAUA